AUGCUCGCCGUGCCUGCCUAUUCAACAUCCGUGCCUGCUUCGGUUCAGCCUUGGGCCUCGGUGCAAGGCUACUAUGCUCCCUUGGGUUCCCCCGGCGAUGGCUGGCCUCCUUUCCUGCGACCCAUCCCUUCCUUUCGAGUACCCACAGCGGCAUAUCACUUUCUUUCCGUCGCCGAACCGGAGCCCACGCAAGAGCAGCUGAGACUCAUGCAGACCUUGUCUAGAAAUGUUUCCGGACCCUCACGUAGUCCCUCGUCCUCUUGGGACCAAAGAAAUACGGGCAAGCUGCGAUGGGUCUUUCGGCUGCCUAUGGAAGUCUUGGACCUCAUCGUUGGCUUCGCUGUGGUCAAUGGCAGCGGUCCUGCCCUUGCGCAGAGUGAGUUCCGCUACUUUACCCGUGAGGUGCCUGCCAUGCUGACUGCGGUGCACUCACAGCUUCCUCGACGCUCCGAUGCCUUUGCACACCAAAGCUCUAUCGACAACCGGUCAUUCGGAGCUCGAACGCUAUGUCACAACUCCUCGCAACAUUGUGCGCGCAACCUGAUCUGGCAGGACAUGUUCGCGAGAUGGAUGUGCAAGCGCGCUCAGUUCCUUGGGCAGAUGCACGAGCGCUCGCAGACAUAUUGCUGCGAUCGUCGUCGGCUGGUCGAUUGGACCGACUAGCAGUCCACUUUCAAGGCAGUGAGUCUCAGCGGCACCACAAACGGCGUGACACACAUCAUCAAGCUCAUGACGCGCCCAUGCAUUUCUUCCAAGGUGAUCUCUCGUUAGCGCUUCCUUUUCUCCAGCGUCUCUCACCUCGCAAAGUGGAAUGGGUGAGUGGGGACAGUCUGCGAUGCCCCGACAGCCGUUUUGCUGCUGAAGCAAUGUCUAUUUUUCUCUCAACUAGUCGACGUCUCCUUGCUGGUACAUGAGACCCGAAGACCUGUUCAUCGAGCUGCUCUCGGGCUGGCAAGACCUCGUCGAGCUCAAGAUCGCAGGAUUUGCUCCUGAUCAAGUCAUGAGCUCAGUCAUAGCGAGUGCGCCGUCCCUAGAGGCCGUUGAAAUUCGUGGCGCAGCUUUGGCGCGAUUGGAUGUAGAGACGUUAGCCACGAUGCUCGCCUUGGCGUUGAGAGACGGCAGGCUUCUUGCAGAAGCGAGGCCGGGCUCGAGUGCAGCCGAAAGCAACGCCGACGCAUCAGCAAUGGACGUCGAUGGCGCGUAUCAGCCUCCCACGACCACCUCUUGCAGGCAUUUAGCAAAGAUCCGCCUAAGUGGUGUUCCGUUUCAGAAGCAGCAAGAGCUGCUCGGUGCGCUACCGCAGCUGCUCCUGCAACUGCAACAAAGUGAUCUGGACGCAGUGGAGCUGCAAAAGAGGUAUGGUCCCUUGACUCCUCCAGCCUCUCCAGACCACGAACGCGCCAUUAGGUCCAUCGAAGUAGCUCAAACGAGAAGGAUUCAAGAAGCUGCGCUUCGCGAACGAAUUUCUCAAAUCCUCGAGUGGGCCUGA